AUGAAACGGGUCGGCACCGAGCAGAUCCAGAUGGCCGUGUCCUGCUACCUCAAACGCCGGCAGUUCGGCGAUGCGGAUGGCCCACUGAAGCAAGGCCUGCGGCUGUCACAGAGCACCGAGGAGAUGGCUGCCAGCCUUGCAGUCAAAUCAGAAUCUGGUUGUGCCAACAUAGUGUUCGCAGCCCCUUGCCAGGCAGAGCCCCAGGAGUAUGAAGUACAGUUCGGAUGGCUGCGGAAUUUUCUCACCGAUUCUGAUUCCCAGCACAGCCACAAAGUGAUGCCUCUCCUCUACCCUCUCUUUGUCUACCUCCAUCUCAACCUGGUCCAGAACAGUCCGAAGAGCACAGUGGAAAGCUUUUACAGCCGCUUCCAUGGAAUGUUUCUGCAGAACGCCAGCCAGAAGGAUGUCAUCGAGCAGCUCCAGACCACACAGACCAUCCAGGACAUCCUGUCUAACUUCCGGCUGCAAGGCUUCCUGGACAACAAGUAUGAGGUUCGUCUGCAGGAAGACAGCUACAACUACCCUCUCCGCUACCUCCAGAGUGACAACAACACCGCGCUGUGCAGGGUCCUCGCCUGGCACAUCCACCUGGACAUGCAGCCUGCCAAGAGGACCGACUACCAGCUCUACGCCAGCGGGGGCUCUUCCCACAGCGAGGGCGGUGGCCUGGAGCCCGCCGACUUGCCGGCGCCCAUCCUGUAG